AUGUUCAAACGCUCGUUUACUUCAAAGGACCGGGUAGGCAAGGUUGUUAAGCCGGUCAAGAAGACUUAUCGCGAACACGCGAAGGCGAAGAUGCAGGAAAAACUGGACAGUCCGCCGCUGCAGAGCCCUCUCACCAGCCCCAUUGUCACUAUAGUGGUGGGUCAUGAGCAGCGUUUGUUCGCUGCGCAUGAGGAUGUACUGUCUCGUUCGCCAUUCUUCUGUGAAAUGCUAAAGGGACAAUUCCUGGAGGCAAGCACGAAGCAGGUGGACCUGCCGGACGAAGAACCUGAGACACUGUCCUGUGUCCUCGAAUUCCUCUACAAGGGUGACUACUUCCCCCGCUUGUUGCAUAACAGGCGCCGAAACUCUUGGGAACUCGAAGACGCCCAGGACAUCCAUAAAACCGGUGGUCGCGGCUCCAGCGAGCCCACAAUGUUUCAUUCUGGCGUCGGUGAUGAUGUCCUUCGGGACACCGUCAUCUAUUGCGCAGCUGAGAAGUACGGCUUGGAGGAUCUCAAAUCUCUUGCUCUUCGAAAGCAAGGGUUGCAGAGUGGAAUCCCGGUCGACGUGAUCUUGCGAUCCGCUCGGUAUGCCUACGAUAACACGCCAGACACGGAAUCGCGGCUCCGCGCUCAUUACCUAGCUCUGAUCAUCAGAAGUCGUAAGACUUUCAAGAGGAGUGGAACCAUGCAGAUGGAGAUGGAGGCCGGUGGCAAAUUGUUUUUCGAUCUGUUCGUUGCGAUGUCCAACCAUAUCGAUGAUGUUGUGGAGAUCAGGUAA